GGCGCGUUUUUGUGUGGCAGAAUGAUGCUAUCACUUGGAUUUGAAUGGCCCUGAAAGCAUGAUGUGAUUAAAGCUUAACACUUUUAAACUUGUAUAACCAUCUGUGUUGACUUUUUAUCAUUGAAGUUGGAGGAUUUAAUUUCCGGCAGUGGAUUGUUACUGACUAAAGGAAAAUAAGAAAAAAAAUCUGCAGAACUUGCACAAGUCGAGGGAAUCACCUUUACAAAUCACUAGGAUUUAAAAAGAUGCUGAUUACAGAAAUCAAGUAGAGUACAAUAUUUGCGUAAUUUAGACAAUAACUGAAGCCCAAGAAGUGAAAUAACAUCAGAAUAUCUAUUUAAACCUCCCUCGAAAAUGCCCGCCGUUACAAAAACACCAAGGAAAAUAGUCACUAGAAGUGAAACAGCGAGAGAAUUUAAAAUGUCCAUGAAAAGGGAUAAAGCUAAAACAAAACACGCGAAAAGAUCAUCUUUCAAUCUAGAAACUAUAAGUGAAGCUAACUUACGCAAACUACUCAAAGCCAAAGAAAGGAAGAAACUUGGAAAAAAUAAUACCUCGUUGAUUACAAUAUCUCCGGAAAAUGUAAGAAAACAUUACCAGCUGGCAAAUAAGACCGAUACUUUUGGCAAGUUUCAUUCAAAAACUACAAGCGCAAUGUUAUUGCCAGGAAAGCGUGCAAAACGAGCUAAAGAAAAUGCUGUAUCUAUUAUAGUGGCAACAAAAAUUGGUCCAAGGUCAAGCAACUUUUAUGAGGAUGUUGAGUCGCAUUAUUCGCCAGAAAAUGCAGGUGACAUACAAUUUAAUGAUAAUCAAUUACAGGUAGUUAGGAGUCAUUCAAAAUCCCCUACAAAAAAUCUUUCUACCAAAAUAAAGGAAGUAAACUCUAAUAAACAAUACAUAGAUUCAAGUAAGUCAGAAGAAACGAAUAGAUCUAGAUCUAGAUCUUCAACACAAAUAAACAAAUCGAUAGAACUAUGGCAGUCCAAAUCAACACCAACCAAAACUAGAUCUAGAUCUACUGGCAUUGAAGUAACUGCAAAAGAUAAUCAGAUCUUUUCAAAUAUGAACGACACAGCCCAUACAGACGGCCAAAAUCAUCAAGAGCUUGUAUCAGGAAAGAACUCUGAAGCUAAAAAAAAGGACUCAGAAAUAAAGCAAAAUGUAGAAACAACAGAAAAGAAUUUAUUGAAAAGAUCAUCCAUGAAAGAUGGACUGGGUGACAUUACAAGUGUUACUGGUAGCAGUAAAAAUACUGAAUCAGAAUUUACAGCUCAGAGUUUCUUAAAACCUUCCAUUAUGCAACCAAAGCAGUUUAAAAAUAAUACCAGAAGUAAUACGAAAGAGACAUUACAUGUCUCACCAAUUACAAAUGAAACAACUUUGAAGUCAAAGCUUAAACCAAAAAGUGUUUCUGUUUCUAUUCAAAAAUCUGUGGACACUAAAGUAAAUACUAUUUUACCAGAAACACCAACUAGCAUAAAUGGCAAAGACCUAUCCCAUGGGAUUAUCAGGAGUGUUAUUAGUAAACAAAAAGAAAUUGAUACUGAUAUACAAGAGACUGGUAAUAGAACCAUUGCAUCAAGGACAGGAAAAAAACAAAAAGGAAAUAAAGAUUGUGAUUUAACAAUCAAUAAUGAUACAUUACAAAGACAGUCAAGUAGAUUUGGGAUGAAAAACAAAGAGGAGAUUUCUUUUCCUGUUAGUAUUUUGAGUACAAACAGCAACCAAGCAAAUACAAUUCCAAUUAUAGAUGACCAACAUAGACAGGAUAAAAAUAUACUAAAAAAGACAACAGAUCUGGCCCAAUCAUUAACAGCGAGUGGAUUAUCUGAACAAACUAGAGAAACACUACAGCAUGAAAAAAUAAAAUUAAGCAACAAAAUUAUUAAUAAGAAAACAAGAUUGAGAAACAAAAGCAAUAAUGCUGUAAUGACUAGUAAUAGCCCAAAUCUAAGAAAAAGUCUGUCAAGUGUUCAACUAAAUGAAACCAGUUCUCAAAAUUAUGCUCAGAAAUCAUCACCUGAGCCAUCCACGAUUCAGCUGCAAUUAAAUUCUACAGAUGCUAAAAAACCUAAGGAAAAAAGUAGCACCAGAAAACUCAGGCAUAGAAAAAGCUUUGAAACUCAAUACAACAAAUCAACUGUCAAACAGCAAGGAGCUUCAUUAUUGGCUAAUAAAAACACUAUAAGGCCUCAACAAGCUAUAGCAAAAUCACCACAGUCAUUAACAAAUACAUCUACUAGUGAAUUCGAUUUUAUGAAUACAGAGUCUUCUUCAAGAUCUAAAAGAAAAAUAUCUGUGUCUAAUAAUAAGAUAACAGUGUCUCCUUUAGGUGAUGGUAAAGCUAAGACAAGAAGAGGUACAUCAAUACCAGUGUUAGUUGUUUCACACUCUAACCAUACUAAGAAGAUCAUUGAAGACAUCAAGAAACAACAACCAGUGGUUUCAAAACUUAGUCCACACACCAAAUUAAAACUAAAAGCUAGUCAUAGAAAUACAAGCGCAACACCAAUUUCUAGUAAAAAACCUAGCUAUGAUUCAGAACAUGGAAAAAGACAAAGCUUAACUAAUACAACCAAAGCUAGAAAGAAGAAAACAUAUCAACGUAAAAUAAAAACAAAUACGGUGAGAGGAAAAUCAUGGUCUGAAAUGUCAAACACUGAGCAUAAAGCCAAUUUCAAAAGUCCACCUUUAAAAAGUGUUUCAAGUUUAGAUAAUAAUGAAUUAAUUAAUAUAAGACUAGAAAAUAAGUUAAAAUCAAGGCAAUCAACUCCAGCCAUGAAGAGAAAAAGCCCAGAGAACAGUAAAAUGUCAGAACCAAUUCCAAGAAAAAGACAAAGAAUGUCCAGUAGACUUGGUCAAAGUCAAAGUGUAAUUCAAGAGAGAACAAUUCCAUCAUCAAGUAUAAGUAAGGGAUCAGAUAAUACAAGUGUGAGUCCAGUACCUGAAAGAAACAAUAGGACUAUAGUUACAAUUCACAAUAGUUCCUCGAGAAACAGUUCAAACCAUAAAAUACCUAGUAUUUUAAUGGCUAGGUCAAAGGAAGAUGAACCUACAUUGGAAAAGAAAAAGAAAACAAGGGCAGAGUCUAAAAUUUCAAAAUCACGUUAUUUAACAAUCAAUUUUAAUAAAACAUCAAACAGAAAACCUAACACUAAUAGUGUAAAAAAUGCAAAAGUAAGAAAAAACAAAAUAUUGAAUUCCAACUUUAACAAAAAUUCUUCAAAUGCAAGCUCAUCUGACAUAUUAGAUAGAGCAAAGCAACUCAAAAAUGAUAGCCAAAUUUCUAUUGAGAAUAUUGAUUCAAAGAAGCGAUCAGUUACAAAAGAAGAAAAAAUGAAUGCCCUUGGUCUUUUUGCCAUCACUGUAUAUGACACACGGACAGGGGAAUUAAUAACAAAUGGGAUCAGGAGAGAAACAGAUUAUUUUGAAUCAGGCGUCAAAGACUUGGGAGAAAGCACCAAAACACCUACAAGAAAUACAAUAAACAAUGAAGUGUUUACAAAAGACCCAGAUGUACACAAUAUUCCUGAGAUAAGUGUUGAAGUGAAUAAAACACCAUAUACAAAUAAAGCGAAGAAGACACCAAGGGAGAAGAAAAAGCUAAACACAGUGGUGGAUGUUGAUAUAAAAGGGAAGCAAUAUCAGAACAUCUUAUCAGUGAAAAGAGCUACAGGAAAAUUUCUUAAGAAAAGUAAAAAAUCUCAUUUAACUAGCAGUAAAAUGCAACAUGUUUCUGUUGACAACACACAUCAAAAAGAAAUAUUUCAAGUUGAAGAAGAUUAUCCAGUUAGUACUGUUAAAGCACCCCAAAAAACACCAAGUAAAAAAGUACUUUCUGCUAGACCGAGCACCAGAAAAACUUUGCCGAGAAAUACGAAGUCUGCCACACAUCUGCCACAACUCAUGAGCAAAUCUCAAGUACGCUUGAACACAGCUAACAGAGAAAGACCUACCUCUAGCGUCAAGAAGAAUCCUUCAACACCUUUAAAUGAUAGAACUAUUCAAAAUUAUAAAGACCAAAAAUGUUCAAAAUUUCAUAAAAAAAUAACCUUACCUAGAAGAAAGCAAGUUUCAUCAAGAAAUGUCUCAUCAUCACCAGUAACAUCAAGAUCCAGAUCAGAAAGAUAUCAAAUACUUAAGAUAAAAAAUAAGCAGAACUCACCAACAACGCCAGCAACAGUCCCAGUCAUUAAAACUCGAGGCAUUGUCCAAUUCUUAAAGACCCCAUCACCAGAUAUACUAGCAAAUGAAGCUACAGAUUUAGGUAACAAAAUGAUUAAAAGAAAUUUGUCAAAAAGUUUUGAGCAGCUAUCUCUUUCAGUAACAUCACAUAUUUCACCCCAUGUUACUAAAAAUACAAACAAUACCAAAGAAAAUACAAAUAAUAUAUCACAAAGCAAUACACGGAAAACUGUUCAGAAUAAGAAAAACAAACAGAAAUCAUUUUCUGUUCUCAAUUCAAAGAAAAUCAAUAGAAAAAGCAAGAGGUUAUUGCCCCUUUCUUUGAAAAAUGAGCAAAGAAGAUCACUUGUUCUUGAAACACCAAUCAAGAAACACACUAAUAAUGAGAAAUCAGCUACAACUCCAAAAGAAAAAUCAAUAACUGUCAAAAACAGAAAAGCAUCCAAUAUUGUAUCAAAAAAAGCUAAAAGCAAACAUGUCAUUAACAAGGCAUCCAUGAGAUUCAAAAGAGAUAAAAAGUUUGUAGGAAAUAAUGAAAACACAACAAAAGCUAGAAUUAUUCAUUCUAGAUCUGCUUUGAAAUCUAAACCUGCUGCAAGUAUAAAAAAGUCUGAAAUUCAGGAAUCCAGGCAAAAACGAUCUAACCUUGUUAAUAAUGAUGAUAUUAAUUCAGCUUCUAAUGUGCUCACACAAGGAAGCAAUAAAUACAUACAUUCUAUAGACACACAGGAUAAUUUAACACAAAGGAAAAACACACCCACCAAUUCUUCAAAAUUGCCAUUUAAAAAACAUCAGACAUCAAUGAGAUCUAAUAUCACUGAGGACAUUGUAUCUAUGCAAAAUAUUGCAAGGGCAAAGAACAGCACUACUGAAGUAAACUCAAAUAAUGCAUGGUCUCCUGAAGACACAAAGAACACUAAUAGAAGUAUCAGCAGUACUAAAGUACAAUCUAUCAAUAGAUGGACUCCUGUGACUUUACAAGUUGACGAGAAUAAGAGAAAAAAUUCUGAGAUGCAACAAAACAGAACAGAUCUAUUAGAGGACGUUCAAACAUCAUCAGGGUUAAACAAGGAUAAGAAUGAACUGAGCCAGAAUGUAUCCUCUCUUAAGGUCUUCAAACAAACCUUGAGUAGAAACGAUGGGAUCCGUAAACCAAUAUUGAAACCAUGGAUUUUGUAUGGAGCUCAUACAAUGAAUACGAAAUUCUAUCAACAUGAGAAAAUAAAGUAUCUACCCAUACGAAUCGAUGAACAAAAUGAUGAAUAUGAUCAUCAGACUAAGGCAACUAAUGUUCUACUAUCGAGCAGGCUAAACAAGUUUAAGAUAAAUAGUUCUCUGUCCUCAAGGUAUAAUAACCUAGAGGAUAUUGAUGUUGGUGUUAGUCACAAAUAUGGCAGGAGAAUGCUCAGAAAACUGAACAGAAAUGAUAUAUUAUCCAAUACUAGAUCCAAGCCAGUGUCAUCAGAAAUGUUAAGUAAAAGUUUACCCUUGUUUGUGGAGGACUCUGAAAGCACAGAUAGCUACAAAGACCAGAAAUUUAAUUACUCAAGUGAUGACAUAAUUUUUUUAAAGAGCCAGGAAAACUCAUCUCAAACUCUCUGUGCCAUUCUUUAAGUUAAAAAGAUUAAACUCAGCGAUGUUUAAAAAAAUUAAAUAACAUAAGCUUUACAUUUCUAAUAGGCUUUUAUCAUAACCAUAAAAAUAUGAUUAGAAAAAAUUGUAUAUAUAUUUUGUACUAGCUUUUACAAACAUGUUUAGCCUUUAAGUUUUCAAUUACUGUUCAUAUAUAACAGUGUUCAUUGUAGCUCAUAUAGGCAUACAACUGUUUACAUCUUCUAAACUAGCUUUUACAAGAAUGUUUAGCCUUUAAGUUUUUA